GGGUUGGAAAAUCGCAUCCUUGAAGUAAAGAAAUCAUUGAAAUUUCUGGGGGAGAUUCUGCAGAACUGGAUUCUGAGAAUCCUAAAGCUUGAGGAGAUUUGGUGUCCGAGGAUGAGAAAAAACCAAAGAAAGGGUACUAAAGUGGGCCGGCAGGAGUUCACCUACAUCUUUUGGAACAAGAUUCAAAUUUUAAAAGCAAAAACUCUUCACUUGUCAAUUCAGAAGUUCACUUUCAUGAGUUCAUUGCAUGGGAUACGGCAGGUAAGGAAUCCAUGGGCGGAUGGACCAGAAUACAUAACCCAAUGCCCAAUCAAACCUGGCGGGAGUUACACCUACAGGUUCAACAUCGAAGAACAAGAGGGUACCUUGUGGUGGCAUGCUCACAGCAGAUGGCUGCGAGCCACCGUGUAUGGAGCUUUAAUCAUCCGCCCUCCGCUCUCUUCUCCUCAUUACCCUUUUCCGGUUCUUCCCAAGAGAGAGAUUACCCUCCUCUUAGGGGAGUGGUGGGACAGAAACCCCAUGGAUGUUCUGAACUUGGCCCAGUUCACGGGAGCUGCACCAAACGUCUCAGACGCCUACACCAUUAACGGUCAGCCUGGUGAUUUCUACAGAUGCUCCAGCCAAGAGACUUUGCGAUUCCUGGUGGGAUCAGGAGAGACCGUCCUCCUCAGAGUCAUCAACUCUGGCAUGAACCAAGAGCUCUUCUUUGCUGUUGCGAAUCACAAACUGACAGUGGUUGCUGCGGAUGCCUCCUACACAAAACCUUUCUCGACCAAUUUCAUAAUGUUGGGUCCGGGUCAGACGACCGAUGUGCUUCUAACCGCAGACCAACUACCAGCGCACUACUACAUGGCGGCACACGCAUACAACAGCGCCAACGCCCCCUUUGACAAUACCACCACCACUGCAAUCCUCCAGUACAAAGGUGCCCCCUGUGUUACUCUUCAAGGUAAAUCACCGGCCGCACAACGGGCAAUACCGGCGCAGCUUCCAGGAUUCAACGACACAGCAACAGCAGCAGCGUUCACAGCGCAGAUAAAGAGUCCAUCGAAAGUGGAAGUUCCCUUCGAGAUUGACGAGGACUUGUUUUUCACGGUGGGAUUGGGACUGUUCAACUGCUCCACCCCAAACACGCAGAGGUGUCAAGGCCCUAACGGAACACGCUUCACCGCGAGCAUCAACAACGUCUCUUUCGUCUUCCCCAGACGAAACUCCAUCAUGCAAGCCUAUUACCAAGGCACUCCUGCCGGGGUUUUCACCACGGACUUCCCUCCUGUUCCUCCUCUCGCAUUUGACUAUACAGGAAACGUAAGCAGAGGGCUAUGGCAGCCUAGCCGUGGAACAAAGGCCUACAAGCUGAAGUACAAGUCCAAGGUGCAGAUCAUACUGCAAGACACGAGCAUCGUGACCACUGAGAAUCACCCAAUGCAUCUCCACGGGUACGAGUUCUAUGUAGUUGGGACAGGUGUUGGUAACUUCAACCCGAGCAAAGACACAGCCUCCUUCAACCUCCUCGACCCACCACGGAGAAACACAAUUGGAACCCCUCCAGGCGGAUGGGUAGCGAUCAGAUUCGUGGCGGACAAUCCAGGAGUGUGGCUGAUGCACUGUCACAUCGACUCGCAUAUAUUCUGGGGUCUGGCUAUGGUCUUCUUAGUGGAGAACGGUGAGGGGCAUUUGCAGUCUGUACAGUCUCCACCUUUGGACUUGCCUCAAUACCCAAACUUCGUUAACGUCGCCGCCAUGGCCUCCGCGCUCGAGUGCUGGACCAAUCGUGCUGCCGGCGGCUGCACCGACGACGAAUUUGUGGACCAAGUUCUCAUGUGCUCCCAGGACAGGUCUGAGUGCCUCACCGCUGCUCCGCGUUUCGAUCAGACCUCCUCCGCUAUGCAGAAGCGGUUUCAGCGUCUCGGCCGCAACGUCUCCGACGCGAUCGCGUCACUCAAGAACUCUCUAAGCCUCGAUUCCGUGCGGGACAACCAGAAUGCAGCAGCCGGCGGCAGGAAGCUCGUGUGGGCCACUGUUGUGAGAAACCUUGCUAAAAUGUAUCCUGGUAGCCAGUUGCCGGAGAAGCUCGUCUCUAGUCUCAGGAAGCAUUACGAUUCUUUGCCUCUCAGUUACAGUCAGAGUGGUUUUGAUAUGAAAGAGGUAUUUGUACACAUAAAACUCAUUGAGCAAACUUCUGGAGAUGACAAUCCUGUGUUUGUGAUUCAAGAGGUGUGUGAUGAGGAGGAAGCUCUGGGUUCAGUGUUCAGGCUCACAUUCGCUUGCACUUCUUCUCUUUCAUGGUCAACCGUUUCAGGAUCUCUUGAAAGUGCCUCGAUUUGUUGUAAGAAGGUGCAGAUCUUUGAGAAGAAAGGGUUGAAUCUAGGAGUUGUUCUUGUUUUGGUUGAGCCCGGACAAGAAAAAUUGUUCAAGAUCAAAGUAGAGAAUGCCCUUAAAUCCGCGGUAAAGAAGCCCAAGUCGACGACCUCUGUGAAGCUCCCUUUUGGUCUCUGCGGCUGUCAAGAACAGAGCGCGGGUUUAGGGGAAUUCGGGGAUGUUGAUGAAGAGUCCAUUGAUCAAUGCUAUAGACAAGAGUUUGAAAAUCCGAAUACUAGGAUCCAGCUUCAAAUGCCACCACCAAGCUCGUCGUUUUCUGUAUCGGUAGAUGAAUGGCAGACCAUCCAAUCAGGCGGCGAUGAUAUCGGGAAAUGGCUACUGAGUUCAGAUAAUCUCGAGUUUGGUGAUCAGUUAGGACCAAAUUUCUUCAAAGGAGUUUACAGAGGCAAAAAGGUGGCCAUUGAGAAGCUAAAAGGCUGCGAUAAGGGGAACUCGUAUGAGUUUGAGAUCCGAAAAGAUUUCUUGGAGCUGAUGACAUGUGGACACAAGAGCAUUCUGCAGUUUUAUGGUGUCUGCAUCGACGAAAAUCAUGGACUAUGCGUGGUAACAAAACUGAUGCAAGGUGGAUCACUCCGUGAACUGGUGUUGAAGAAAAAGAAGAUUCAGACCAAGGAUAUAUUUCGAAUUGCUGUUGACGUAGCGGAAGGGGUGAAGCUCAUGAACGAUCAUGGUGUCGCAUUUAGAGACCUCAACACACAGAGAAUACUUUUAGAUAAGCAGGGAAACGCCUGUUUGGGUGAUAUGGGAAUAGUCACCGCAUGCAAGAGUGUCAACGAGGCCAUGGAGUACGAAACAGAUGGCUAUCGAUGGCUUGCACCCGAGAUAAUCGCGGGAGACCCGGAGAAGACGAGAGAGAGCUGGAUGAGCAACGCAUAUAGCUUUGGGAUAGUACUCUGGGAGAUGGUGACAGGGGAGGAGGCGUAUGGGUCUUGCUCGCCAGUGCAGGCGGCGGUUGGGAUUGCAGCGUGCGGGCUGAGACCGGAGAUCCCAAAGGAUUGCCCUCAGGUCCUCAGAUAUCUUAUGACCAAAUGCUGGAACAGUUGCCCCUCCACACGCCCUAACUUCUCUCAUAUCCACUGCGUCUUGCUCCGUGACAUCUCACGAAAUCUGUAG